AUGGCAGACCUUGACAGCGUCACCGGCAACGAUAUUGCAACGGAUGUCAGUACCGGACCUGCCACCGAUGACAACGCAAGCACUGAGCUCCCGAGCAAUCCCAUCGAGGAUGUCAUCGCGUUGUUCCAGGAUAAUUUGUCGCUACAGGAUAAUCUACCUCCGUCGCUGCUGCUUGAUCUUGGCCUCAAGCAAGCUGAUGAUGGAGACACCGGCGGUCAGCAACAGCCAGUUGUCACCGAGUACCUGUGCAGUAAAGUCCCGAUCUUCGCUCGGCUGCGGGAGCUCAGGAUGAAGGGCUGGAAGAACCCCAAAGGCGACGAUUACUUCGAGAGACAGCGCUACAUCUCCGACAACGCCGAUGGAAAUACCACUACGAUAUUCAUGAAGAUGAUGCGUGCUGUUGGCCGCAAGGCGCAAGAGGCCACCGGCGUCUUCACCCUCCCCGGCAAGCGCCCCAACAUUCUGGCUCUGGGUUUCGCUCCCGGCGGCAAGAUCGAGACAGCUAUGGACAUCAACAAAAACACCCAAGUCUCCGGAAUCACUCUCGGCGUCGAGGACAACGGCAUCAAGGUCCUGGUCCGAAAGGAUCUCCGCAACCGCAUGAAGCUGUCUUACGCCGACCUCACCAUGAUGAUCACGGAUCUAGGGUUUCCCAUGUCAGACGUCCCUGCCGACCACCCCGAUACCACGAAGUUCCGAACGCGCCUCAUCCGUCCGCGAGCCCAUUUCGACCUCGCCACCUGCGAGGGCGGCGUCCUACGAACCCACGCACGCGCCGAGUACCGUGAGUCUCGCGAGGCGCAUCGUCUGCGCGCCGCGCAGCUGGCCCUGGCUCUCGAACGCGUCAAGCCUGGCGGCAGCAUGCUCGUGCUCCUGCACCACGCCGAGAGCUUCCGCAACAUCUGUCUCUUCCACAACUUCAGCAAGUUUGCCAAGGUCACCCUGUUCAAGCCCGACGUCCAGCACCAGCACCGCUCUUCCUUCUACAUGAUCGCCAUGGAGAUCCAGAGCCAGAGCGAGGAGGCUGCGAAUAUGGUCAGGCAGUGGAAGAGGGAGUGGCAUGCGGCCACGUUUGGCAGUGAUGAGGUGUACGAUGAGGCUGUCAGGUCUGGCACGCCGGAUGUGGAUGCGGUUUUGGCGGAGUUUGGGGAGCAUUUUGUCGAGAUGGCUUCGCCUGUCUGGGCCAUGCAAGUCGAGGGACUUGGGAAGAAGUCCUUUACCCAGGAGGAGUAG